AUAUAGAUUGUAUCUGAGCAUCAAGGAACAGGAGCGGUGAUAGAGAUGGCUUCUGUGCCCGUAGACAAAGACAGCGCAGAUCAAAAGCUGCAGUUUGCUCCUUUCUCCAGUGCCUUAGAGGCAGGCUUCUGGCACCAGCUCACUCAGAAGAAACUCAACGACUACCGACUGGAUGAAAGCCCCAAGAAUAUCAAAGGCUACUACUACAAUGGCGAUCCGGUCGGCCUCCCCACUCGCCUGACUUUGGAGUUUAGUGCAUUUGAGGCGGAUGGCCCCAGCCCAGCCCGCUGCUGUCCCGUCACAGGGACCCUGUACAACACCAACACGCUAGAGGCCUUCAAGACCUCAGACAAAAAAGCACUGCUGGAACAACAGGCCACGGAGAUUUGGGAUUCCAUACAGUCCGGUGAUGCUCUCAAGGACCCAUCCCUCCUCUGCAAAUUCCUUUUGCUGACUUAUGCAGACCUGAAGAAGUACCACUUCUACUACUGGUUCUGUUUCCCAGCUCUCUGUUUCUCUGAGGGAAUUAAGAUCCUCAAAGAGCCUGCUACGUUAGAACAAGUCUUCUCUUCUAAACAGACCUCAGCCUUACAGGCAGCCUAUGACAGUCUGUGCAGUGAAACAGGGACCUCAGCUGUUCCUUACUUCCUGAUCAAGUACACAGAGGAUGCUGUCCAGGUGGCCCAGCUACGAGACUGGGACAGCUUCAACACUGAUCUCAGCAAGGUAACCGUGGGUGUGUAUGACCCUUGCACUCUGCCCCAACAUCCAGGAUGGCCUCUGAGGAACCUGCUGUUUCUCCUAGCCAGCAAAUGGGGCUCCCAAAUAGAUGUGAUGGAGGUGAUGUGUUUCAGAGACAGGACUCUUCAGGGUAGUAGGAACAUUCAGCACAGCAUCGUGUUCCAGGUCAAACUGCCGGUCCCUGAGCAGUCUGUCAAUGCAGUGUGUCCAAAGAAUGUAGGAUGGGAGAAGAACCCUAAGGGAGCAAUGGGACCCCGGAUGGUCAACCUCAGUGAAUGUAUGGACCCAAAGAGACUGGCGGAGUCAUCAGUGGAUCUCAACCUGAGGUUGAUGCGUUGGAGGCUGGUGCCUUCUCUGGAUCUGGACAAAGUGACUUCUACUAAAUGUCUGCUGUUGGGGGCUGGUACACUGGGUUGCAACGUAGCCAGGACUCUAAUGGGCUGGGGAGUGAGACACAUCACGUUUGUGGACAACGCUAAGAUCUCUUACUCCAACCCAGUGAGACAGCCACUGUAUGAGUUUGAAGACUGUCUGGGAGGAGGCAAGUCCAAGGCCCUCGCUGCCGUUGACAGACUGGGCAAGAUCUUCCCUGGAGUGAAUUCAGAGGGCCACGUGAUGAGCAUCCCUAUGCCAGGACACCCGGUCAACUUCUCUGAGGCGACCAUGUCCCAGGCCAGGCAGGACGUGGAACACCUGGAGAAACUGAUCUCGGAGCACGACGUCGUCUUCCUGUUGAUGGACACCAGGGAGAGUCGAUGGCUGCCGACUGUUAUAGCUGCCAGCAACAGGAAGUUGGUAGUGAAUUCUGCCCUGGGCUUUGACACCUUCGUGGUGAUGAGACACGGUCUGAAGAAACCUAAACCCUGUGGACCAGGAGACUCCUCGGACCCCUCUUCCUCCUCCGCCUCAUCCUCUUCCUCCACGCCUGCCGAGCCCGCCCAGCUCCCAGCAGCCUCUCUGUUCUCCAACAUCCCCGGACACCGCCUCGGAUGCUACUUCUGUAACGACGUUGUCGCCCCCGGAGACUCCACCAGAGACCGGACCCUGGACCAGCAGUGUACAGUGAGUCGUCCAGGCCUGGCCAUGAUAGCAGGAGCCCUGGCUGUAGAACUCAUGGUGUCCAUACUCCAGCAUACUGAAGGAGGUUAUGCGGUGGCCAGCAGUAGUGAUGACAGGAUGAAUGAACCUCCAACCUCCCUGGGUCUCGUCCCUCAUCAGAUCAGAGGGUUUCUGUCCAGAUUUGACAACGUUCUACCGGCCAGUCUGGCGUUCGACAAAUGCACCGCCUGCUCACAAAUCGUCCUGGACAGCUAUGAGAAGGAUGGUUUCAACUUCCUGUCCAAGGUGUUUAACUCCUCCCACUCCUUCCUGGAGGACCUGACUGGUUUGACUCAGCUACACCAGGAGACACAGAACGCUGAGAUUUGGGACAUGAGUGAUGAUGAGAGCAUCUGAGCGGGAGGACGGAAUCAGAAACAUAAGAGUUCUAGAAUUGGAACACGGAACACAGUCCCAAAGCCAUUCUACUGCGUUCCAACAAGCCAUCACUUCUCAUCUCUUCUGGUCAGAGUUCAGAACAUAUAUAUAUAUAAUGGACCUUCUUCACUAUUAUUAUUACUCUAAUCCCCAGUUGGUGUUUACGUAUGCCCCUGAUACAGUUUUAAUAACGGCUAACAACAUUUCAAAUGGUCAGAGUUGAAUUAAGAAUAUAGAGUCUUCAAGUAUUUUCUGAAACUGUUUGAAUUGACGUUGAGUAUCA